AUGCUGCAGCGCGCGGCGAGCAACGCCUACUCCUGGUGGUGGGCGUCGCACAUCCGCACCACCCAGUCCAAGUGGCUCGACACCACCCUCGGCGAGAUGGAGGACAGGGUAAAGGCCAUGCUCAGGCUCAUUGAGGCCGACGGUGACUCGUUCGGCAAGAAGGCGGAGCUCUACUUUAAGAGCCGGCCCGAGCUCAUCAACCACGUCGAGGAGAUGUUCAGAUCCUACCAGGCGAUCGCCGACAGGUACGACCGGAUAUCCAGUGAGCUGCACAGGGCCAACCACACCAUUGCCACCGUGUUCCCGGACCAGGUCCAGUUCUCCAUGCAAGAGGGGGAAGGAGGGGGGUUCCCGAAGGCGAUUACCGGGAUUGAUCUCAGCAAUUUCAAGUUCCCAGCGAUGGAAGGCUUGUCCAUGGACUCGCGGGGCGCUAGCAGGGGCACCAGCCCAGUCCCAAAGAGGGGGGCCCAGGGGCACCGGAGGGUCACCUCCAACAUGAGCAAGGAGAAGGCGCAGGAGGAUAUCGACAAGCUGCAGAAACAGAUCCUGGUGCUUCAGACCGAGAAGGAGUUCUUGAAGACCUCUUACGACAGUGCGUUAGGCAAGUAUCUGGACAUUGAGAGACAGGUGGCUGAGUUGCAGGAUGAAGUCUGCAGCUUGCAAGAUGCUUUUAGCACUGGCGCGGCCAUUGAAGACAAUGAAGCCCGGGCAUUGAUGGCUGCACGAGCCAUUGUGUCGUGUGAGGAUACAUUGCUGAACUUGCAGGACCAGCAAAAGAGAUCAUCUGAAGAGGCGAAGGUGGAGUUUCGACGAGCCAAUGAGGCAAUGGAGAAGCUAAAAAACUUCAAGGAUGAAUGUGGCUUGCCUCAUGCGCAAAUGGAUGGGCGCGAUCACCAGGACACAGAACUGAGCCAUGCACUGCCGUUUAAGGAUGCUGAUGAUUCUGCUCUGAACGAGGGUAGGCUUGACCUGCAGGAAAUAUGUCAAAAGGUCAAAGAACUAAUUGAGUCACACCCGGAGCUAUCAGUCGCAGAAUUAGCGGAUAAUGUUGAUCGACUUGUGGAGAAGGUAAUCAACCUUGAGCUUGCUACUACUUCACAGAAUGCUCAGAUUAAUAGAAUGAGGACUGAGAUAGAUGACCUUCACAAGCGCCUGCAUGUUUUGGAGGAAGACAAGGCGAUUUCGGCUGUUGAUUCGAGUAACUUGGUGGACAGAUUGAAGAAAGUUGAAGAGGUGCUGCAAGAAGUCCAACAAAUUAGGAAGUCCGUACAAAAUGGGACAGAGAACAUUUGUAAACAAAUGACUGAAGCCUCCCAUGAACUUACUGAAUUCAUCGAAACAUUAAAUGCUCCUGAGCCACAAAUCAGUGAUGCCGUGGAUUCAUUGCAAGACUCCAAAGACAACGCUUCUCUGGAAGACGAUUCAGAACUAACAAGUCUGUCUGUCAAAAAGGAGUCAUCCGGUUCUUUACAUGGCACUACAUGUGAAACUGAGAAACAUGAUGAAGGUCCUGCAGCGCGGGAACAGCUAGUUCCAAAUGAAUCAGAAGGUGAGAAGAUUCUAUUAGGAGAGUAUGCAUCUGUACUUCAGAGUUACAAAGAUAAAGAGCAGCUUUCGGAAAUUGAGAAGAGACAUCAAGAGAACCAUCUUGAGGCCAUGUCAGAACUGAAGGUACUGAAGAGUUCCAGUGCAACGAAAGAUGAGGAGAUUCACUCUCUUAGACGCAUGCUAAGUUCUUUGCAGAAAAAGAUGAGUGCUUCUAUUACUGAGAGUACUGAGAAGUCUGAAGAAACGUCCAGAAUAAGCACAAGUCCUGCUACAGAAGACAAAGAGAUUGCUGAGAUAGAGGAAUACAUUAAGCAAUGCCAAAUUGAGGACCCACUUGCUUGUUCAGUUGCAGAGGAGAAAUUGAGAGCAGAGAUUGACAGGGUGUUGGGGGAGAACUUGGACUUCUGGUUGAGGUUUAGUACAUCAUAUCAUCAAAUACAGAAUUUCCAAACAUCAUUUGACAAGCUAAAAACUGAGAUGGAUAAAUUGACUGAUGAACAGGCUCAGGGGGGUGCUUACGGUUUUACUGCUAGUUAUCAGGUAGCAAAGCUGGAGUCAGCAGUCCUAGAAAAGAAAUUUCGGGAUUUAAAUACAGAUCUUCAAGUUUGGAUGGAAAAGAAUGUGCUAUUGAAAGGAGAGGUCGAGAACAGAUUCUCAUCACUGUGUAGCAUACAAGAGGAGAUAUCAAAGAUUACAACUCUGGAUAAAAGUGAUGAAGUUCACUUCACUCCUUUCCAAGCUGCGAAGUUCCAGGGAGAGGUACUUAAUAUGAAACAAGAGAAUAACAAAGUUUCUAAGGAGCUAGAAGCUGGGCUGGACCACGUAAGAGGCCUUCAAGUGGAGGUCGGGAGGGUGCUCUUGAAGCUCAGAGAGAAUCUUGAGCUAUCUAUAGCAAGAAGCAACCGAGCCCAACAAAAUUUCAGGAACCUGUCAACAAAAGCCGGGGUGCCCCUUAGAACCUUCCUAUUUGGCCCGAAGCCAAAGAGACCUUCACUCUUUUCUUGUAUGGGUCCUGGGUUGCAUAAGCAACAUGGUGGCUCGAAGACUGGGCGUAGAUGA